AUGCCUCCUAAACGCACUCGCGAUGCCGAAAAUGCUCCGGCAGAAGCUCGGACAGAGCAUGCCGUUAAGAAGCGCAAGGGUUUCAGUGUCGGCCCAGCAAACCUGCCUGAUGGCACAUAUCGGCGCAAGACUCAAAAAAUCAAGUCCGACUUGAUCCAAAAGGCCAAGGUGAAGAAGGCCUACGCCAAGAUUAAAGCCCAAGAACUCGCCGCUGGCACGCCUAAAUCGAUGUUCACCACCGCCGAAGAGGAAGCUGGAGGCGAGCCACAAUCGGCAUCUUUGGAACUUCACCCCGACCGAGUAGCGAUGUUGAACGAGCCGGCGCCCGAGCUGGCACCGCGACAAGAGCGCCGUCCCCGCGAGAACGACGGCAGGAGAAAGGAGCGGAAACCGAAGCCGUCAGCGUACCUUAAGGAAAUUGAUUUUGCGGAGAAGCGCAAACAGGCCGCGGAGGCACGUCAAAGGGAAAUCGAGGCAAAGCAAAAGGAUCGCGAGGCGAUGACACGGGCCAAGCGGCCGGAUCAGAAUGGGAAGAGGCGGUUGGGGAGGGAGAGCAACGUGCUGCUGAGUCGGGUGCAGCGUAUGGUCGGCCAGAAAUGA